AUGACAACAAGGCGGGUGACUGUUGGUUUGGCAUUCUCUGCUUGCUGGCUUCGCAUCGUUCAGGGCGCGGCCUGUUGGUCAGAGCCGUGGGAGUGGGCAGGUGUGUUUCAUAUUCACGAAGCUGGCACACUCCUCUGGGGUGCGGAGAAGAGAGACGGGGCCUAUGAGGCAGAGUCCAUGAAGCUGAUGAUCCGCACCACUUCCACAGGGGAUCACGAGGGCAUCCAUGCAGUGGAGCCUUCACACACUGCGUGGGACUCCACCGCCAGUCUUGCUACACCUGACACGGUGCUCAUACCGAAUAAGGCCUACAUCCUCAAGUUCGACACAGAGUCCUGGAUCAGCUUGUUCAAGAUCAAGGUGCAGGCCGAGACGAAUCUGGUCUUCUUUGCAGAGCACAUGCCCACGGAAUUCAUGGGCCAUAUGGACACCUUCCUCAUUGACGAAGAGGGCCAUGAGCUAAAGCCUGCAGAUGAGGAGUCCAAGGCCUCCGCUUGUGGAACCUCACGAACCUCAGGACGAGAGCCCAAAGGAACCAUUGGAGGUGUCAUCGGGGCAGCCCUGCUGUCCAUGAUGCCCACUCUCGUGGUGAUAUUUGCACUGUUCUGCGCCUCGGUCAAACUCAAUGAGAAAGCGAAGACCAUCUUGCACUACGUUAACGCUGGAGCCUCUGGGAUUCUCUUCGGUGCUGCCGUGUUCCUAUUGCUCCCAGAGAGCCACCACAUGCUGGGCACCAUUGGAGCAGAGUCUGCUGGAGCGGCCGCUUGGGGAAGCACUAUUAUUGCCGGUUGGCUUGCUGGUGCUUUGACCCACCAGAUUGGCACCGCCAUUAUGCAGAAGUAUGCCCCAAAGAAGGCCAAGGAUGCCAAGGCCCUCGAUUCCUCAGAAGGAUCCUCCGAGUCUGCGGACUGCGCGGACUCGGAGAUUGCAAUGCAGGAAGGGUCCGUAUGCUCCGGGGAUUCGGAGGCUGGGAGCUCCCCAAAGUGGUACGUGGCCUUACCCAUUCUGUUUGGAGACUUCUUCUGCAACCUGGCCGACGGCUUCGUGAUCGGCGUGGCCUUUCGGCUCUGUGGCCCUGAGUUUGGGUGGGAGGUGGCCGCCAUCACUUUGGCGCAUGAGCUGCCACAGGAGCUAGCCGACUUUUUCGUGCUCAUCCAUGAGGCGCGCCUCAACUGGUGGAUGGCCACCCUUCUGAACGUGCUCGUCGGCUCAGCCUGCCUCUUUGGCGCCAUCUUCGCGUUCUACUUGGACACCAGUGCAGUAGUGGAAGGUGCCAUCCUGGCUGCUGGUGGCGGAGUCUUCCUCUUUGUGGCCCUCACCGAGCUGGGACCCCACGUAUCGCACGUCCGCAAAGCCUCCAGGGCUCCCUUCCUCAGUGGGCUUGGCACUGCCCUUGCAUUCGUCUUUGGCACGUGCACAAUGGGCUUGGUGCUAUUGAACCACCAGCAUUGCCUGGCACCCGCUGUGGAAGGUGCUGACCCCCAUGCAGGCCAUGAUCAUGGGCAGGGCCAUGGGCAUGGCCAUGGGCAUUAG